AUCAGAUUAGAAAAAAAGGAGCAAAGUGGGUUUGGCUUGGCUUGGCUUUGGCAGGCUGGCGGCCCCUCCAAAAUCGCACAACUCCCUUUGAAUAUUCUCACAUUCUUCAUUAAAAUCAUCAAUCAAUUAAUCAAAUCCACUUCUUCCUCUUUUUAACCUCUAUAAAAUUCGGACCAAAACUUUUACAAAUUAAUUCAUUUGAUUUGGUUAGUAGAAGAAGAAGAAAGAAGAAAGAAAAUGAUGAAUGGAAAUUGUGGGGUCUCCGAAAAGAUCAUCAUCGAUACUGAUCCUGGCAUUGAUGAUAGCAUGGCAAUUAUGAUGGCUUUCCAAACACCAAAUCUUGAUAUCGUCGGUUUUACCACCAUUUUUGGUAAUGUAUCUACAAAAGAUGCAACUCGCAACGCCUUACUUUUGUGUGAGAUUGCAGGGUGUCCUGAUAUUCCUGUUGCCGAAGGUAGCCCUGGACCUCUGAAGGGUGGAGAGCCAGAGAUUAGUGACUUUGUUCAUGGAUCAGAUGGAUUAGGUAACUUAAAUUUACCUGAGCCCAAUUCAAAGAAAGUAGAGAUGUCAGCAUCUGAGUUUUUAGUUGAUAAAGUUUCUCAAUAUCCGGGUGAAAUUUCUAUACUUGCACUUGGUCCACUAACGAAUUUAGCUCUGGCUAUCAAGAGGGACUCGUCAUUUGUUACCAAAGUGAAAAAGAUAGUUAUACUUGGUGGAGCUUUCUUUUCACUCGGGAACAUUAAUCCAGCCGCUGAAGCAAACAUUUAUGGGGACCCUGAAGCAGCGGAUGUUGUGUUUACAUCUGGGGCCAAUAUCGUCGUUGUUGGCAUAAACAUCACAACACAAGUCAAAUUAUCUGAUGAUGACCUCCAUGAACUGAGGCAGUCUAAAGGGAAAUAUGCUCAAAUUUUGUGCGACAUGUGUAAAUUUUACCGCGAUUGGCAUGUGAAAUCUGAUGGUGUUUAUGGUGUAUUUCUUCAUGAUCCGGUCAGUUUCUUGGUUCUAGUUCGACCAGAUCUUUUCACAUACAAGAAAGGUGUUGUGCGGGUGGAGACACAGGGGCUUUGUGUUGGCCAUACUCUUAUGGACCAAGGACUGAAAAUAUGGAAUUCGGAGAAUCCAUGGACAGGCUAUUCCCCAGUUUCAGUUGUGUGGACGGUCAAUGUGGACGAGGUUCUCAAGUACAUAAAAAAUUUGUUAAUGAAACCGUAAUUGAUUUCAGGAUUAUGAACAUAUGAAAAACAGUCAGAAAAUUUAUCUCUGAAUUCCAAUUUAAUCUGUUAAUGUGAAUUUCUAAUUUUAUC